UCCAGGCAGACCGCUCGUACAACAGCACAGUCUCCUCAGGGACCCAUUACUCGCGCGCGCAGUAAAGAGCUGAAGUCUAGAACUGGAGUCGAAAAUGCAACUGCACAUUCAAAUGCGACAGCAGAAUCUCACAACAUCCCUAUUAAGAACAUUGAACAUGGUCUUCGUCAGUUGAGAUUAGACACAGAGCCGGAACGUGUUUCUCGCAAUCGAGCUCCCCGUACUACAACAAGCAGUAGAUCUUCUGGAUUGGGACGCAUUUAUCCUGUACGUAUCGGCCAUGAACGCCCGCAAAAUUCAGAUUCAGGAUCUUUCUUGAAGAACAAAGCAGUUCCUAGCGCACGCGAGUUUCACCAGGAGCUACUCCGUCGUAAUUCUAGCCUUGGCAGUUGCGAGCGUGCUGCAUCCACUCCAAAAGAUGUGCACAAGCAGUCUACCACAGACGGACUCCAUGCAAAAGCUGGGCCUCCAUCUAAAAGGUCUGAUGUUGUUCCCAUGACUUGCGCUUCUAAUGUUACACGACCGCAACGUGGUGCAUCAGUUCGUCCGACUCCUCGUGCUUCCAGCGUUACCCGACCGCCACCGGCUCCAUUAGUUCGUCCAGCUCCUCGUGCUUCCAGUGUUACAAGAGCUCCAAUCGCACCACACCCUUCAAACAUUCGUUCAACAGCUCGCUCCUCUAGUGUCACUCGUCCUGCUGUUCGACCUCCAAGUGUUACUCGUCCUCACGUGCGUGCACCUAGCGUGACUCGCCCACAAAUUCCUCACUCGGAUGCGAAUGUUCGUGAUGUCACUCGCCAUGGUACACUGCCUCGUUCUUCGCGAGCACAAGUGGGCAGAGGCUCUGACACUACUUCAGCAUCGAACAGGACGACAAGGGUAAGUAACUUUUCAGUUGUAUAG